CAUUUUGAUUUGCUCCGCGCCCACGCACGUUUUUCUUCUUGGUUUUUUGCGUGCUCAUAGUCUCGUUGUUAGCCAUUCCAAUGCGCUGAGAGUUAUGAGCCGCACACCAGCGCUUCUAAUGCGUGCGGGCGGCAGCCGAACUAUCGUAACUAAACUAUGGAUGGUUUUGCUCCGGUUGGAAGUGACGCCUGGACGGGAGGCAAGGAGUACGAAGGCGAGCACGCUGAGCGCAUCUGUCAAUUCCGUGACAUAGUCAAUCAAGAAGCUCUGAAAGCGUAUACCUCGAAGCUUCGGCAGAAUCAGCCAUGCACCCUUUCUCCCGAGUUUUCCGUGGGACAGGACAAUCUCGUGCGCAAGAUCAGGUUUGAUGACGGUGUCGAGUGGAUUGCGAGGUUGAGGAUGCCUCCAAUGGAGGGCGAGUCUAGCAGGCCCGAGGCGACCCUCCUCGAGAUGCAGUCGGAGCUUGCCACAAUGGAGUUUGUGCGUCAGAAAACAGACAUCCCGAUUCCACGAGUCUACGGUUACGAACUGGACGGCAGAAACUCAGUCGGCUGCCCCUUCUCCAUCAUGGAAUACAUCGACGGCAACACAGCAGAAGAAGUAUCUCGAACGUAUCCUGGCGGCCAUGAAGGCAUACCAACGCAAUUCGAGCAAAAGUUCUGGCGCCAGAUCGCCGAGAUAAUGAUCAAGCUUGCCGCGAUCCGGCUGCCGGAAAUCGGCUCCGUUACUCUAGGUCAGGCAGACCAGGGCUCGUUCGUCGUGGGACCUCUGAUCGGAACAAGCUCAGGACCGUAUGCAUCUGCCGCCGCAUUCUACGCAGACUACCCGCUAGCACUGGGUAGGAGUCUCGCAAACGGCGGUCUGCCGGUCGAUGGGCAGGACGAGCUCGUGGAAGCCUUCCGGUCCCUCGCCGCGUCCUUCCCGCCUCCUGCAGUACGAGCCGGGAAGGGUGGCCCUGCCGAUGGUUUCGGCCUUGCCAACUUCGAUCUCAACCCGAACAACGUCCUCGUCGACCGGGAGUUCAACGUUCUCGCCGUCAUUGAUUGGGACUCGGUCGUGGCGGUGCCCGACGCAGCCCUCUACCGGAUUCCGUUUCUGAUGGGCACCAGUUGCGCUGUCCCUGGCGUUCUGGACGAGUGCACGGCCGUGAGAGAGCGGCAGCUACGCGCUCGGCGGUUCGCCGGCGUUGUAGAGGCAGUGGGACGGGAAAGGGGUAGAAACGAUCGCGAAGGCGUUAACAAACAGCAGACCUUCCUCCUUACCGAAGCUGGUUUCUUCUCUAAGGAAGCAUUGGCGUUCCGCUCGUUGACGUAUGUAAAAAUGCGGCAAGACUUUGUUAACGAGAGCUGGCUGCAAGGAUUGAAGUGGCUGAGCGAGCACGAUGAGGCAGAAGUGGCACAGUUUUAUCUCGAAAAUUAAGAUUCGCGGCACUUCCGACUCUCAACCGACUCGUCUGCCCAGUCGAAUUGGUGCAUCAUUGAGCAGCUUCUCUGGUCGACCGAUUAUAGGCGUCUACCCCGUAGAGAGAUCGUGGACGUGUCCGCUCAGCGGGAUUCGAGGACCAUAAGAAUCUCUGCGAGAGUGCGAAGUACAAUAUCUUUGAAGGUCGUGAACAAGAUGACGCCGCCGCCGUCGGAGUUCAGGAGGAGCCUACGCAGGAUGAAGCUGUCUAAAAUCUCCCGUACUAUUAAUAUUAAUAUCGUGGGAGGUAUUCCUUCGCCUUGCUCCUUAUCUAAUUACCAGUGCCGAUAUUUAUUGAGGCAUAAUUAACGAGAAGCAAAAAGGGCACCAGGUAGGCCAGCGAGAUUGAGAUAUUAAUAUACAUUGAUAUGACCAAGUCCGGU